AUGCGGCGUGUUGCCCUCACCGUGUGUUUUGAGCGCCUCCGGUGGGAACGGCUGCAACUCCAGGAGCAAUAUCGUCUCACAGCGACUAGUAUUAAAGUGUCUCCCGGCCUUGUCGAUCACUGCAGGCUGGUGCAGAGGAUCACGGAAAGCCAGAAUCCUGAAUACCUGAAGCGCAAGCGUAUUCGCGGCGUAUUAAGAAAGAUGGAGACAAACCACAUGGAAUGGCUGGAGGAAUGUGGGCCACGGGAGUGCGUACUGCUGUUAAAGGCAUUGGCAGGCGCGUCGCGGUACCUCGGGCGCGAUCACAGUGCCACGAUGGGCGUCCCCUACGACGACGAUUGGUCGGGUGCAUCACCGCACUUUUCACCUGGCUUCAACGACUGGCUCUGCGCCGCACUGCAGCGCAGCGCACAACACGCGUCAGGUGCUGAGGAGCGGAUUGCUCUGCUGGCAGCGGCCGCUGAACUGGAGUUGGCAGACACUCCGGUGCUGCAGCAGCUCUGCCAACCUCUUACAAGCCGAGAAUACACGGCGAACGCGUCACCGGCAGAUCUUGUCAGCGUUUUGCGUGUCAGCUCACUGCUUGUCAAGCGGUGCCGGAUGCCGCUUCCCCCACUCAAUCACGUGCUGUUUCGUUUGAUGACCGCCAAGCUCGAUUCACGGCAGUCUCUGACGGUUCUUUCGUCACUUUUGCGCUUGCGGGAGCGGCAUGGUGUGGAAGUUGUGCGCGCUGUUUCCAGAAGAGCUACCGAUCAUGUCGCGACGUACACACCGAGGGAUGUUGUCUACGCACUGGAGGCUAUAGCGCUGCUGAACUGCUGCCACGAGGCCUACACAGGGGCUGUUCUCGAUCGGUGCACGGAAUUGCACGCAGUGCUUCAACCCACGGAGCUUGGGAGCAUCUGCAAGUACGUUGCCAUGCUGAAUAGUUCAAGGACAAACAAUGAUGCAGCGUUAUCGUGUGCCAAGGAGCUCCGCCGGCUCCUUCCGGCACUCUUGAAUCGAACAGAGCAGCUGCUCGGGCGCUUCUCGCUCCGUGACGCUCGUUGCAUAUUGCGAUGUUUUGAGCAACACAAGAUUCACCACUCCGUAGUCUUCUCGCGCCUGACACCACUGACGUCGGGGGCAUAG